CAUGUAUACUAUGUUUCCAGUCGUAAAAGAGCCUUAGGUCUAUUAUAUAGUUUCAUAAUCAGCUAAUCGAUGUGUAAAUUUAUACUGUGCUUUAUAUUUUGUUGUUUAGCAUUAUUAUUUAUAUAGACAUAGUUUGGGAAUAUUAUCAGAUCUUAUUAUGCAGAAAUUCACGAGUCAUCAGAACUAGAUAUUGUCUUUACGAAAAAGCCAAAGUUACGAUUGACUCUUCCCCCAUCUGCAUCUCUUCUCAUGGAUAAAGAGUCCUAUGAUUAUUUGGUAAAAGUUGUAUUGGCAGGACCUUCAGGAACUGGCAAAUCCUGUCUUUUAGAAAGAUUUGUCAAAGGGCAAUGGAAUGAUGAAAUCCAACAUACAGUAGGAAUUGACUUUGCUAGUAGAAUAGUGAUUGUUGGUAUGGGAAACCAACAAAAAAGGAUCAAACUUCAACUAUGGGAUACUGCCGGGCAAGAAAAGUUUCGAAGCGUAGCACGAAAUUAUUAUCGGGGAGCAGCUGCAGCAGUACUCGUUUAUGAUAUUACAAACAAGGAAUCAUUCUGUGAACUGUCCUCUUGGGUGUCAGAUAUACGAGCCAUGGCACCAUCUUCUUUGUGCGUCGUUCUAGCUGGGAAUAAGUGCGAUUUAAACGAACAACGGAAAGUAAGUACAGAAGAAGCCGCCGAGUUCUGUUCCGCCAAGCAAAUUGCUAGCGCUCAUGAAACGAGUGCCUUCUCUGGUAGUCAAGUAGAUGACUGUUUCUUGUCAGUGGUAUCUACCAUAUUAACGCGAAUCGAACUUGGAGAAAUUGAUCCCCAAGACCAAUCUCUAGGAAUACAAUACGGAGAUUUGAACGCAUCACAACCUUCACAUAAUACGAGUGUUACAAACUGGUGGGCUUCUAUAACAAAUUGGGAUGAUCUAGUAAGACUUGAAAGACAAACUCGUUCUCGUUGUUGUUUAUGAAUAACUCUCUCAUUUUCUUUCACUUUUGUAUUUCGUGUUGUAUGGUUUAGUUUAUUAUCCUACGUACAUACGAGUAAAUUUGUCUGCUAUUGCUGAUUCUACUUAUAUAUUGCGCCUGGACGACUUUUACGGCUAUUACUGUUAUGAAUAUUGAUGAUUACAUAAUGAAUUUAAUCACUUUUCUAACAAACAACCAAACUGGCUGCAAGAAUUGUAAAAAAAUUCAACAACCGCUACUUGCGAUGUACAAAAUCUUAUUUCGUCAUAUAAUUAGUUC